UCACACAUUUUGGCAAUGGCUUCUUCUUCAGUACUAACCUGUUUCUAUGGCUACUCCCGCGGUUCAUUCUCCACCACCCAAUUUUCGCCGCCUUCUCUUUGUGUCGGAUUUUCUGCAACAAGAACGUUGUCUCCUUCUUCUUCGGCUUCAAGACUAAGAACUUAUGUCAAGUUCGAGAAUUUUCAGGGUGAAUCUCCUCUUGAACAGGCAACAUCAACUUCUUCCUCUACUUCAGAUGAAUUUCCGUUAGAGGCUCAAGAUCAGCUUGGAGAAGAAGAUGACAGUUGCUUGCCAUCUGACUUGGAGGGGGCUGUUAGGCAGUCUGGACAAGCUAGUGCCAUGUUUGUGGCCUCCGGAGGAACGAGAGCUAUAGUGGAGCUCUUGAUUCCUCAGCUGCAGUUCUUAGAUGAUGAAGGUGCACAAGCUGAGCUUUGGGAACUUUCUCGUAUUUUCUUGGAGACGCUCAUCGAAGAUUCAGGAUGUCAGAAAAUCAAAGCCAUAUUUCCAGAUGCUGGAGCUGCUGCUCUGCUGAAAUAUAGGUGGAAGGAUGCAGCUUUUGGAUUUGCCAGCUUAAGCGAUCGGAAACCAGUUGAGAAAGAAGAUGAGAUUGUUGUCAUGGUUGUUCCUGAUUACCAGAUGCUGGAGUAUGUUGAGAGGAUAGCAUCACAGCUUGCAGAUGACCCGCCGAGACCACUAAUCAUGUGGAACCCACGUCUUAUAAGUGAGGAUGUUGGUGUUGGAUUCAAUGUAAGAAAACUGAGGCGUUACUUUCUAAGUACUUUCACUACGGUUUACUCCAUGAAACCUCUGGCUGAGGGAGCUGUUUUCCGGUGUUAUCCAGGACUUUGGAAGGUCUUCUAUGACGAUAAAGAUAGGCUAGGCCGGUACUUGCUUGCCAAAGAGCUAAUCGGUCGUCCUGAUGCUGAAGACCUUGAGAUAAUAUUUGGGAACGUGGAAGAGGAGUCAGAUGGACCAUCUUUGUUCAGUCAAGCUGCCGGAAUUUUCUCAUCGCUGAACAGGUUCAUGAAAGCCAUUUCCAAAUGAUCUUAUCCCCUGUAUCUUAUAGUUCUCAUAUAUGUGGCAUGGAGUGGAAUAUCAGAAAGGUACAUACUACAUACGAAUGCAGUAUUGACCACAAUGAAAUAUAGUAUCCAUUUGUAAAGGGUUUCUUCUUGGGUUAAAUUUACAUCUGCUGCAGAGAAACUUGACAUUCCUAAACUUAUCUUAUAUACAUAAGAGGAAAUUAUGAUAUAUGGCUGAUACAGCUUAGUCUAUCAUUUUCUAUGGCUGUAAUCCCAUGGUUUAA